AUGGCUAGAAUCGCAACGAACCCAGCACUUGACAUUCAACCCGACUUUGCCUCCCCUACCUUCGAACUCCUCAGAAAUCGAAUCAUCGGCGGCACGCAAAUGACGCACCAGGAAGUAGCUGCUGAUCUGAUCGCAGCGUGGCAGCAAGACCGAAACCUCAGGAGCAUCGCCUGGGUCGAGCAAGAGACUGAAGAUGCGCGCUUAGCAGCUGAAGCCGCACAGGCAGAGCACGAGCAUCUGGAGCAAGAACGCCUACGCAUAGAACAAGAGACUGAAGCAGAGCUACACGAGGUCGAAAAGAAGAAACCCAAAAUCAACGACUUCAAGAGCGGAAUGGCCGUAGGUGACACCCUUACCCCGCGCCCAUCUCAGUAUGCGAUCCACAAGCUCAAAACCUUUGAGUACGUCGAAUUGUGGUAUUUCAGCCCAGACGGUUGCAAGGAAACCUCAGACGAAGCGAAGUCAACUGCGGACGACACAUUCGGCUUCGCCAAAGUCGAUGAUUUCGUCGCUCUCAAACCAGUGGCCUCCUUCAAAGCAUCACGCAAGGCCAUCCAGGAUCACAGCCUCGAAUGGCAUCAGUUUGACCUGGCCAAGAACAACUUCCUCCUCUACAUCAACAAACUGAAUUGGCCGGAGAAACAUCAGCGUGCUCUGACCAUGUUCUUCAUGAACAUCGUGGCGCACCCAUCUCGUUCCGAACCCUUUGGCGAACGAGCCCUACUCCUAUACGCAGCUCGUGUACAACGAGACUGGCACGAUCUUCUCGUUCUAGACAACGCGUUUGACAUCAGUGUAUUCAAUCUGCUGUUACUGAAGAACAUGACUGAGGAAAUUUGGAAUAAAACACGGUUCGAGAGCCUCACUGAGGUCAGUAUGCUUCAAACAUUGUGCAAGCGGCUGUCAAUACUGACUCGUCAUCCGCUCCCUCUCAUACUUAUGUCAAAAAAUGUGACAACUGCUGCCAUCUCCCGCUUCCGCUACAUGCUACCUCUCUGCUCCCGCUACAUGCUACCUCUCUGCUUCCGCUACAUGCUUCCUCUCUGCUGCCGCUACACGCUUCCUCUCUGCUUCCGCUACACGCUUCCUCUCCAGCUUCCACUACAUGCUUCCUCUCUGCUUCUGUUUUUCGCUCCCAUCACCAUCGGCCCCUUUCCCCCGCUUCCCAUACCUCCAGUUUCAGCUUGGCCACCAAACGCAGCGAAACCCAAACCAGGACCAGCCUGCCUCGCACCGAAAUCAGAAUCGCAAUGGGUUGCGGCAUGCUAG